AUACGAACAGAAAAAAGAAAAACUCCAAUUUGUCCACCAACGGCACCUUCUACUUAGUUAUUAUAUUAUUAUUUAUUAUUUAUUUGUUAGGAUAAAAAUUAAAAGUGGACCCCAGUCAUGAAAUAGAACAUUCUAGACACUCUCACAUUCUAACCUAUAUAACACACAUCUCUUCCUUAGACCACUCAUUCUCAAAUCACCUUUCAGAUCCAAAAUCUGAAACCCUAAUUUUCUUUCUCUCUGCUUUUUUGAUUUUCUCUUAGUUUUCAGUAAAAUGGCAGGUAAAGGUGAAGGACCUGCGAUCGGAAUAGAUCUUGGAACCACAUACUCAUGUGUCGGUGUAUGGCAACACGAUCGUGUUGAAAUCAUUGCCAACGAUCAAGGAAACCGCACGACGCCGUCAUAUGUUGCGUUUACCGAUUCCGAGAGGUUGAUCGGUGACGCUGCCAAGAAUCAGGUUGCCAUGAACCCAACCAACACCGUCUUCGAUGCGAAGAGGUUGAUUGGUAGGAGAAUUAGCGAUGCUUCAGUUCAAAGUGAUAUGAAAUUGUGGCCAUUCAAGGUCAUUGCUGGUACUGCUGAAAAGCCCAUGAUCGGUGUCAACUACAAGGGUGAGGAAAAGCAGUUUGCUGCUGAGGAAAUCUCAUCUAUGGUUUUGAUUAAGAUGAGGGAGAUCGCAGAGGCUUAUCUUGGUUCUACUGUGAAGAAUGCUGUUGUUACAGUUCCUGCUUACUUUAAUGACUCUCAGCGUCAAGCUACCAAAGAUGCUGGUGUUAUUGCAGGUCUCAAUGUUUUGAGAAUUAUCAAUGAGCCAACUGCUGCAGCUAUUGCAUACGGGCUUGACAAGAAAGCUACAAGUGUUGGUGAGAAGAAUGUGUUGAUUUUUGAUUUGGGUGGUGGUACUUUUGAUGUCUCUCUUCUCACUAUUGAAGAGGGUAUCUUUGAAGUUAAAGCCACUGCUGGUGAUACCCAUCUUGGUGGUGAAGAUUUUGAUAAUAGAAUGGUUAACCAUUUUGUUCAAGAGUUUAAGAGAAAGAACAAGAAAGAUAUUAGUGGUAACCCUAGGGCACUUAGGAGGUUGAGAACAGCUUGUGAGAGGGCGAAGAGGACUCUCUCAUCAACUGCUCAGACCACUAUUGAGAUUGAUUCUCUUUAUGAGGGUGUUGAUUUUUACACUACAAUCACCCGUGCUAGGUUUGAGGAGCUUAACAUGGAUCUCUUCAGGAAGUGUAUGGAGCCUGUAGAGAAGUGUUUGAGAGAUGCAAAGAUGGACAAGAGCACAGUUCAUGAUGUUGUUCUUGUUGGUGGUUCUACUAGGAUUCCCAAAGUUCAGCAAUUGUUGCAGGACUUCUUCAAUGGGAAGGAGCUUUGCAAGAGCAUCAACCCUGAUGAGGCUGUUGCUUACGGAGCUGCUGUCCAAGCAGCUAUUUUGAGCGGUGAGGGUAAUGAGAAAGUUCAAGAUUUGUUGCUUUUGGAUGUCACUCCAUUGUCUCUUGGUUUGGAGACUGCCGGAGGUGUCAUGACUGUAUUGAUUCCAAGGAACACUACCAUCCCACCAAGAAGGAACAACUACAAGGGUGAGGAAAAGCAGUUUGCUGCUGAGGAAAUCUCAUCUAUGGUUUUGAUUAAGAUGAGGGAGAUCGCAGAGGCUUAUCUUGGUUCUACUGUGAAGAAUGCUGUUGUUACAGUUCCUGCUUACUUUAAUGACUCUCAGCGUCAAGCUACCAAAGAUGCUGGUGUUAUUGCAGGUCUCAAUGUUUUGAGAAUUAUCAAUGAGCCAACUGCUGCAGCUAUUGCAUACGGGCUUGACAAGAAAGCUACAAGUGUUGGUGAGAAGAAUGUGUUGAUUUUUGAUUUGGGUGGUGGUACUUUUGAUGUCUCUCUUCUCACUAUUGAAGAGGGUAUCUUUGAAGUUAAAGCCACUGCUGGUGAUACCCAUCUUGGUGGUGAAGAUUUUGAUAAUAGAAUGGUUAACCAUUUUGUUCAAGAGUUUAAGAGAAAGAACAAGAAAGAUAUUAGUGGUAACCCUAGGGCACUUAGGAGGUUGAGAACAGCUUGUGAGAGGGCGAAGAGGACUCUCUCAUCAACUGCUCAGACCACUAUUGAGAUUGAUUCUCUUUAUGAGGGUGUUGAUUUUUACACUACAAUCACCCGUGCUAGGUUUGAGGAGCUUAACAUGGAUCUCUUCAGGAAGUGUAUGGAGCCUGUAGAGAAGUGUUUGAGAGAUGCAAAGAUGGACAAGAGCACAGUUCAUGAUGUUGUUCUUGUUGGUGGUUCUACUAGGAUUCCCAAAGUUCAGCAAUUGUUGCAGGACUUCUUCAAUGGGAAGGAGCUUUGCAAGAGCAUCAACCCUGAUGAGGCUGUUGCUUACGGAGCUGCUGUCCAAGCAGCUAUUUUGAGCGGUGAGGGUAAUGAGAAAGUUCAAGAUUUGUUGCUUUUGGAUGUCACUCCAUUGUCUCUUGGUUUGGAGACUGCCGGAGGUGUCAUGACUGUAUUGAUUCCAAGGAACACUACCAUUCCCACCAAGAAGGAACAAGUUUUCUCUACUUACUCAGAUAACCAACCUGGUGUCUUGAUUCAAGUUUAUGAGGGUGAGAGAACAAGAACAAAGGAUAACAACUUGUUGGGAAAAUUCGAGCUUUCCGGCAUUCCACCUGCUCCCCGUGGUGUUCCUCAGAUCACUGUUUGCUUUGAUAUUGAUGCCAAUGGUAUCUUGAAUGUCUCUGCCGAGGACAAAACAACUGGGCAGAAGAACAAGAUCACCAUUACCAACGACAAAGGAAGGUUGUCUAAGGAAGAAAUCGAGAAGAUGGUUCAAGAGGCAGAGAAAUACAAGAGCGAAGAUGAGGAUCACAAGAAGAAGGUUGAGGCCAAAAACUCCUUGGAGAACUAUGCUUACAACAUGAGGAACACUAUCAAAGAUGACAAGAUCAGUUCAAAGCUUUCUCCAAGUGACAAGAAACUGAUUGAGGAUGCAAUUGAGCAGGCCAUUCAAUGGCUCGAUGCCAAUCAGCUUGCUGAAGCUGAUGAAUUUGAAGACAAGAUGAAGGAGCUUGAGACCAUCUGCAAUCCUAUUAUUGCAAAGAUGUAUCAAGGUGGAGCUGGCGAAGGUCCAGAGGUUGAUGAUGAUGCUCCACCUCCAAGUGGCGGCGGUGCUGGUCCCAAGAUUGAGGAGGUCGACUAAGUUUAAUUGUUGAGAUAUCAGUAGAAACUUGUGCUUGCGUCUAAUAUGGUUGGGUUAUGUCCCUUUUAGGAUUUUUUUGGCUUUUAUGAACAAUAUUGUUGUGUUAUUUCCAUUUUGUUUGUCAUAUUUGAUCGGUAAUUGAAAACACUGGCUAUAUUUCAGUAUCAAAUUUUUGCACUUUUUCAUGA